AUGUCGCCGCCGCGCGUCCUCACCAUCGCCGGCUCCGACUCGGGCGGCGGUGCGGGCAUCCAGGCCGACCUCAAGACCUUUCUCUCGCUGGGCACCUACGGCCUCUCGGUCCUCACCGCCCUCACCGCCCAGUCGACGACGGGCGUCUCGGCCAUCCACGCGCCCCCCGCCAGCUUCGUCGUCGACCAGCUCCACGCCGUCACCCGCGACAUCCGCAUCGACGCCGUCAAGCUCGGCAUGCUGUGCAACCACGACAUCCUCGUCGCCCUCGCACACGCUCUCGCCAGCUGGAAGCAGCAGCCGCGCAACGCCUCGUCGCCCCUCGGCGGCCACGGCGUGCCCAUCGUCCUCGACCCCGUCAUGGUCUCGACCUCGGGCUCCCUCCUCCUCUCUGACUCGGCAGUCGUCUCCCUCAUCCAGCACCUCCUGCCCCUCUGCACUCUCCUUACGCCCAACCUGCCCGAGGCCAAGCAGCUCCUCAGAUACGCCAAUAGAGCACCCACCAGCGGCGCAGCGCCAUCAGCGCCGACCGGCGACCAGAACGACACCGGCACCGGCUCCGCCUCCGACGCCUACCACCUCGAGCACUCGACCGACAUCCCCGCCAUGGUCCAGGCCGCAAACGAGCUUGCAGGCCUCGGCCCCUCGGCCGUGCUCGUCAAGGGCGGCCACGCCAAACUCGGUCGCGGCCAGGUUCUCGCCCAGAUCGCGCAGCUCACCGCCGGUCGCGACCAGCGCCCCAUCGCUCCGCUCGAGCAGAGGCCGACAUCUUCGCGGCCGGACCUUGCAGAUAGGACAGCAGAACGCGUCUCUGCCAUUGGCGGCACGUCUAGGAGCGCCCUCGGCAAUGGCAGCGACCACGAAGACGACGGCCGCCGUCAGCAGGAUCUGGCCGCCCUCGCCGGCCUCCACGGCGCCACAAUCACCCAGUCCGGCAACAUCACCGUCGUGCGCACCGACGAGUUCCCCUACGCCGACAUCCUCCGAAACCCCCCACCGCCGUCCCAACAGCCCGCGUUCGACGGCGGCGAUACCGCCGACGACGACGAGCAACAGGUCAUCUGCGACGUCCUCUUUGAGCGGGGCGGCGCAGAUGGCGAGGGCAGCUACACGCUCUUUGUCAAGCCAUUCGUCUCGUCAACCGCCACGCACGGCACGGGAUGCACGCUGUCGUCGGCCGUGGCCGCAUCGCUGGCCCAGGGGCACAGCCUGCUGCGCUCCGUCUCGAUCGGCAUCGACUACGUCCAGCGAGCCAUCGCCUGCGGCAUCGAGGACCUGGGCCAGGGCUCUGGCCCGCUGGAUCACGGCUUCCCGAUCCAGGCGCGCUCGCUGCCGCGCGCCACGCGCCAGGCGCCGCACCCGCUCACGCUGCACCUCGUGUCCAACUCGCUCCCGCUCUGGGCCGCCUUUACGCGCAGCCCGUUUGUGCUCGGGAUAGCGGACCGCUCCAUCCCGCUCGAGGCGUUCGUCUACUUCCUGCGCCAGGACUACGUCUUCCUCCGCCACUAUGCGCGCCUCUGGUCGCUGGCGGCCACGUUUGCGGCCAACUCGUUUGAGCAGAUCGCCACGUUUGCGCGCAUCUCGCUCUCGAUGGUGCACGAGGCCGAGAUGCACGUCGGGCUCUGCGCCCGCUUUGGCGUCGACAAGGACGACUUGGAGCACGGUACCGUCGAAAGCCAGGCUACGCUGGCGUACACCCGCUUCGUCGAGGGGGUGGGGAGGAGCGGGGGCAUCCUCGACCUGAUCGUCGCCCUCGCCCCGUGCCUGUACGGGUACGGGGAGGUUGGACUCUUCCUCGGACGCGGCGAGGACGAGAGGAGAAGGAGCAGGAGGAGGACAGGUACGGAAGGAGGUGACGGUGCAGGGAUCAAGGCAGACGGUGGUGACGACAGGGAAGAGGGACUGCAGACCUGGAUCCAGGGGUAUGCGGGAGACGAGUUCCAGCAGGCCGUGCGUGAUGGCAUGGCGCUCCUUGAGGAUAUCGCAUCGCAAGACCCACCAUCGGCGGUCCGCCUCGAAAAGCUCCAGAAAAUCUGGGACGCAUCAUGUCGACUCGAGAUCGCCAUGUGGGACGAGGCGAUGCGCACCGAGGUCCGACGUGGCAUCCUCGAUCCAUAG